AUGACGCGCAUUCACCGCACACGAGGAAUUAGCGAUACCUUUGGAGCCACAGUCUGGGACAAGGCGACGAGCGAUGUCCUCAAUCGCGGAGUCCUGAUCGUCCCAUUCCUGUGGUUCAAGGACCCACUCGAUGUCGCACAAGUGCGCCAGCAGCUGCUACAGAAGCUUCUGCCCAUCAUGCGCUUUCGCAGCAAGAUCGUUCCCGUCAAAGACAUGCUGAGUACGGCUACGGCUUUUCAGGAGCUCGAUCAGGCAACACUGGAAGCCGCACUCCCUGAGCUAGUCACUGCCGUGGACGAUGUCAAGAACCGAGCAGAUCUGGACAGCUUCGUGUCAGCGAUGUACAACCAGCCCUGGGAGCCGGAGCUACCACUCUGGAGAGCAUAUGUGAUCAACAACUUCGACGAUGGAAGGUCUUUGCUGGUCAUGAACAUCAACCAUACCAUCGGCGAUGGUGUGGCGCUGCUUGACGUGCUGGAUGCCAUCAUCGACGGAGAUGCCGAUGGCAACCCGAUCAGUCCCAAGAAGUCCGUGUCCCGAAUGCCAGUCCCCGCCAGCUGCAUGGAGGGCUGCGUCAUGCAGAUGAAGGGCCUCUGGCGAGCUUUCUAUGGGCCGUUCAUCAAGGACCAGUUGCCGGGUGACCCACGGAACAAACUGAAGUCCAAGGACGGGCGACGGCCAGGCAAGGCCAAAGCUGUUUUUUCCACUUCUCCCGUGCCGCUGCAGGAAGUGAAAGCCAUCAAGAACCAACUGCCAGGGGCUACCAUCAACGACAUUCUGAUGACCCUCACCGACCUGACUCUGCGCGAGUACUUUCUCAGGUACGAACCUGCAGCGCUCCGGCAACAGGUGCGCGCCAACAUGCCCAUCAGCAUGCGCCGAGAGGACGACCAUGACGUGUACAAUCCCGAGCUCUUCGGGAACAGGUUCUCGCAGGGACAUCUGUACUUCCCGCUGCACAUUGAGGACCCACUGGAGGUGAUGCGCCAGAUGAAGGCCCAGAUCGACGUCAUUAAGAUCUCGCCGGAGCCGAUCGUGCGAGACAAGAUCGUCAAGUUCAUCACGACACAAAGCUGCUUUCCACCCUCCCUGACUGCCAAGCUGCUCUUGGAUGCCUUCGGCAAGGUGACCGUCAUGCUGUCGAACGUGGUGGGCCCGACAGGGGAGGUGCAGUUCCUGGGACAAACGCUCGAUGACAUGACCUUCUUUGCAAUGGCCCCUUUGGGCCUCUACUUUGGCAUUGUGCAGUACAAGGGGGAGAUCAAGGUUGGGAUUUGUGUGGAUGCUGCUGUCGAAGCGGAACCGAAAAGGUUAGGCGAGUGCUGGGAGGAGGCAUAUCGCAAGCUGAAGGCGGCCGUGCUUAAUCGCUGA